AUGCCGCUGACUCUCCGGCGAACACGGAACUCCUGUCGCCGGCGCGCGCUUCUGAGGGCGCUGUGUGAGGGCGCUCGUGCCUGGCAUCGGGCCCGGGCCCGGGCCAGGGCCAGCCAUGGAGGGAGCUCGGGCGCUGCUGCGGACCCUUCUCUACACCGUCAACUCCCUGCUGCAGCGGCGCCGCUACCACGCCGCGCUCGCGGCCCUCAAGGGUUUCCGGAACGGAGCCGUCUAUGGAGCAAAAAUCCGUGCACCCCAUGCUCUGGUGAUGACUUUUCUCUUCAAGAGUGGAAGUCUGAGAGAGAAAUUGAAAACAAUCGCUCAGGCCACUUACACUCAUUCCAGAAACCUGGCCUACUUCGUGUUCACUUACAAGGGUCUGAUGGCACUACAAUCCCGACUACAAGGAAAGAACUUCCAGUUUCACUCCUUCUUGGCAGCCUGUAUUGGGGGCUGGUUAGUGUUUGGUGAAAACAAUGCUAUCAAUAGCCAGAUUAUCAUGUACUUGCUGUCUCGCACCCUGUUUGCCUUUUCCCGCCUGGCAGUGGAGAAGGGUUAUAUCCCAGAACCAAAGCGGGACCCAUUCCCCCUCACUGCUGCUCUCAUCUGGGGGACCAUUCUUUGGCUCUUUGAAUAUCACCGACACACACUACAGCCUUCACUUCAGUCCUCCAUGACUUACCUAUAUGAUGACAGUAAUGUAUGGCAUGACAUUUCUGACUUUCUCAUUUAUAACAAAAGUAGUACUGAGAAGUGACUGGCUGAUCUUCAGGGACUUUUGAAUAAUGGCAUAUUCCAGAAAAAGGGGGUUAACAUUUUUUUCCUGCCACAUUUGACCUGAAGCACUUUUUUUAUUAACUUCUGUCAAGCAAAUUUCCCUCUUGUGUCUUGGCCAAAAUGAUGCGAGUGACAUGAUGGUCUCUUGUUGGCUCUGGAUUGGGUCAUGAGGGACUCCACAGAAUCCUGAACCUGUGCUGUGAUAAGGGAAGAAUAUUUUGUGAUUGUUUGAUUUAAACAAGUCUUUUAAAAAGAGACUUUAUUUUUUCUUAUGUUACAAUAGUUAAAUACUUUUAAGAAAAUAAAUAUACUGAAUUAAAACAACUUAAAAGUAAAAGGUGAAUAUAUUGUAUAUAACUAACAAAAAGGUGGCUUAUGGAAUUACCUGAAUAACUUGAACAUACAUCUUUAAAGAUUUCUGUGUUACCAGUAGAGGGGACUUUGGUAAUGUGUAGGCAUAUCUGUUUUCGGUGCUGAUGAGUUGAUUAAUUUUUCCUCUGCAGUGAAAGCAGUGAUGAAAUUCUACAUUUCUCAGAAGUAUUGGAAAUCUAGACUACCCACUUGCAAACAGCAGACUUGCAUUUACUUGUGAGCUGCUUCCUCUGCCCCUUCCAGCCUGUUUUCACCAAGUUUUCUCUGAACUGCUCCCUUAGGUAAAUUUUGGGAUAUUCAUGUUUAAGGCUAUUAGGGAGUCUCCUAUUAUAGGUAUGAUACCUUAGGCUUAAGAGAACCAGUCUUUGUCCUUCCUUUAGGUUAUUUAAUCUGUUCCCCUGCAAAAUGCUAAUUAUAACCUUUAUUUAAUUCCAUAUUUUCUUGUGUACAACACACACCUUUUUUUUUUUUUUUUCCAAAAAUCAGCUGCUGGAAAUUGGGGUGCAUGUUUUAAGAUGCUGUGAUAUCAGCUUCUGCCACAGGAGCCUCUACCAGGGGAAAGAGGAAAUAGCGCUGCAUAAGGGGCAAGCACAGUGAGGGUGCAAGGCUCCCUAGGUGCUGACUGUGGCUACUUUCUCUUUUCCCCCACCCCCUCCAAGCAGAUACUUAUGCUGCAGAAGCCACUAAGGACUCAGCAGGAGCUUCUGUUGUAUUUCUAAAAUGGAGCUGAGCCCUGGGGGCUGGGCAGUUCCCGCUGAAUCAGUUUGGUAGGCUUCCAGGUGAUUUAGCUCUUGGCUAGGAUUGGGUCUUCAGCAGACCUAGAAGGUGCUGCUAGCUGCCCACCUAGCUCAGCUCAAGAAGAAAAGAGGGAGGUGAAUAGUUUGGCUCAACUAGAAGGUUAACAGGGCAGCCACAACAUUUUUCUUCCUCUCUAGUACAGCUGCCUCUAUUCUGCCACCUCCCUGCCCUGCCCCCUAAUAAUGUACUUACCAGUAUGUACAAAGGAAGGCUCCCUCCCCUUUAUUUUACCUUUUAACAAAGUGCAUGUCUUGUUCAGGGCCAUGUUGUUGUAUGUAAGAAAAUAUAAUAACUAGCAACUCUUGUUAAGAAAAUUUUAAAACACACUUAAAUGGACAGUAAUUUAACAUAAAACUUGUAAA